CGGAAAGUGAAACUGCUGUGACUUGAAAUCUACGAAACUUCCUGGUGGCAAACGCGGUUCGUCAUAUAUCAAACAAGAACCAGGGGAGCUUCGGGAGCGGAACAGACGGUCCACAUCGUGGAUGCCAGUAAGGGCUUCGUCCCUUGCCUGAGGACCUGGACUGACACCUCAGCCAGGUCCCAGUAACCAACAUGGGGAAUGCAUUUAGUUGCUGUUGUCCUGCUAAUCCCUGUGAGCGGCAGGAUGAGGGCCAGCGGCUGCUAUGUGAUACCGUCCAGAGCCCGCAGACCUCCAGUAAAAAUUUGGACGGGGUUCCAGGGAGUACAGACUGUACCACUGCAGAAAGCUCUGAGACACCUUCACCUACAGAUGACCGGGCGACCGACCAGUUGAAAGCAGGUAAUUCACUGGAGCCCGCUCAACCUGAGGUGGUCUCAGAUGAUGCAAAUGUGCAGGUUAGGGCAGAUGCCUUGCCCACACAGGUGACGCCUGAAGCAUCAGCCGAUGCUACCAGUGUACCUGUGACUACAGCGUCUGCUGUGGACAGAAGUAUACUACCAGACCCGGAGGAGGCAGCUACAGGAGUGGUGUCACAAGUGCUGGCAGAUGCCACUACGAUUGUCAAAGUGUCUGGAGAGGAGGAUGUCCCAGCAUCCACUGCACCACAAACCCAGGAUGUAUCCACUGGAAGGGUUGAAACCCAGGACGCUUUCCCUGAGAAGGUGGAGAGCCAGGCUGUGUCCAUGGAGAAGAUGGAGGUGCCUGUCGCCAUGACCGAGAGCUCCUCUGUUUCCGUAGAGAAGCUGGAAAGUGAGGAGGACGCUUCAGCUGUGAGCAAUAGUCAGGCGGAUCCCACGCUGAUCAAGGCUGUUUCUGCUGAGAAGCUAGAGAGCAAGUGCGCUUCCACCGUGAGCGAUAGCCAGGCUGCUCUCAUUGGAAUCGAAAGCCAGGCUGAUUCUACUCCGAUCACGCCCCAGGCUGUUCCCAUUGAGAAACUAGAGAGCCAGGACACUGCUGCCGUGAUCGAGAACCAUGCCGUUGCUCCUGUGAUCGAAAGCCCAGCCGCUGCUGCCGUGAUCAAGAACCAUGCCGUUGCUCCUGUGAUCGAAAGCCCAGCCGCUGCCACCGUCAUUGACACCGUCACUGACACCAAGACUGCUGCCACAGAGGAUCUAGAGAAUCCUACUUCUGCUAUCGUGAUUGAUAGCCAGCCCACUUCCACCAUUACUGAUAGCCAGGCUGUUUCACCUGAGGUUGUGCCUGAGGCCCCUGACUGCUCUGUUAAAGUAGAUGCUCAGGAUGUUUUAACCGAGAUAAAUGGAACUACACCGCCAAAAACCCCAGAGAAGAAUGAAGUACUUGCUGAACUUGAACAGGGUGCUGUUGUGCACUUAAAUGGUUCCCUUACAGAGGGUGUGUCUGUCGAGGAAAUCGCUGAUGUCGUUAUUGUACCUGAAGAGCACCCUUCCACCAUUGAGCCAGACAUAAAGAAAGCAAGCCUGUUGAUUGCCAGUUCCUCAGCUGAAGAAGAUUUGACUGUGGCUGCCAAGGAGUUGUCUCCUUCCUCUGACACUCAUGUCCAGUUUGGACUCUCUGUAGCCCAGGACUGUGAACAAGAUGUGCCCCUGCACAGUAGUGAGGAUGAACAGCCACUCUCCCCUGCCGUGCUCAACGCAGAUGCUAAGCUUGCUGAGUCGAUCCCACAGCACAGCAGCGAUGUUGGUCCUGUGAUCAGUAUGGAGGAAUCAUGCUCUGAGAGAGGUCAUGAACUCAACUCCGCUACCACUGACACUUCUGAAAGUCCUGUAACCGUCAGUGUGCAAGAUGACCAGGACAAAAAGAGGACUGACAAGGAUCUGAGUGUCACAGAGGAGCCCUGCAAUGGUGAAGACUUGGACAACACCCUCCCCUCAGUUACGACUGAAAAAGAUGUACACACUGAGAUUAGGGACCCCGCUGCAGACUCUGAUGCCCAAGAUGUGGUUGGCCUGACCACCUUGUCUUCACUGGACGAUCUGUCGGAGGAAAAAGAGGCAGUGACAUCCUCGGUGUCCAAGCAGGAAGAGCUAGAAAUGGAGGCAGAGACUGUUGCCGCCGAAUCGGCAGUUGGGGGGCUGGUGGCCGGUAGUCUAGAUGAGAGACCUGGAAGUGCUGGCAUGAGUCUGGAGUCGGACGGCAAUGCUGUGAACUGUGAAGAAGAUCUCUAUCGUGGUGAGGAGGAGAUUGAGGAAGAACUGGACAAGCAAAAAUCGCUGGAAAUGACCAUUCCAUUACCGGAAGACCAAUGCAGCCUUGAGCCGCCCAUGGCCAUUUUGAUGUACAGUGAGAGGGAGUGGAAAGGGCAAACCACCAAAAGUGCUGUCAUCAGAAAGGGCUACGCUGCGCUCUCCGAGAGUUUCGGAUGCCUCCGGCGGGUGAGAGGAGACAACUACUGUGCCCUGCGAGCCUCCCUGUACCAAGCACUGAUGGGCACCACCCUGCUUCCUGACUGGCUGCAGCAGGAGAGCUUCUCAUUGAUGGCGGAAGAGCUCGAGUCUAAACAUGGUCUGAUUAACGGAUGGGUGUUUCCUGACGUAUGUAAGCCGAUGAAUGGGAUUGAAAAUGAUGUGGAUCUGAUGAAACAUUACCUGGGCCUUCUUCAGAAAUGGUGGCGUGCGGUGGCAGAUUCCUCUGGGCUCGAGGACCGCAGGCGUGUGUGUGAUGAGCUGUUCCAGGGCGGAGAGGACGAGUUUGGCCUCAUGGAGGCGCUCAAGCUGCUGAUGUUGGCCCGCGCCGUGGAGUUGCACACCUCCAUGCAAAAGGGUGAUGAUGUGCCAAUCUUCUGCUGGCUGCUGUUCGCCCGCGACACCUCCUCUUGUCCGCGCACGUUCUUGGCCAACCACCUGAGCCAGGUGGGCUUCAGUGGGGGUUUGGAGCAGGUGGAGAUGUUUCUCUUGGGUUAUGCUCUGCGUCACACCAUCAAGGCCUAUCGCCUGUACAUGGCUGAGACGGAAGAGUUCAUCACACAUUACCCUGACGACCAUGUUCAAGACUGGCCCUGUCUUUGCCUGGUAACGGAGGAUGACCGUCAUUACAACGUGGCAGUUGGCGAGUCUGCCUGUCCUCAGGACGCUCUCUCUGGAGGACCGCAGUGAUUGGCCGUUCAGCUCUUUUUUUUUUCUGCCACUUGAUUGUUGACCGAAGAGACCAGGGUUCGAGCGCGGCCAACUCAGGAUACUACUUUUCAGCUUACUUAAAUAUACUAUUUUCCUCUGCAUCACAUUUGCUACUGUACUGUGGAAUCUUUUCUCUGGAAGUCUUCCUUUGGAAGCUACAAAGGCCUUUUGUUGACAGUCUACAGUAACUUCAUACCUCAUGCAGAUGGACUUGACGGGGAAAAAAAAAAAAAAAAAGACAACAGCUGCAAAGAAAAGCACUCCUUUAAGCACAAUAAGGGAAGGAUGCUUGAAGAACUGUAACUUAUGAGUUGUAUACACUAUAUUUUUUCAAAGGUUGUAAUUUAUACGGGUCAGGAAAGGAGAUGUUGAGAGACGGCAGUCCUGACCAACCAAAAACUCAAAUCAAGUGGCUCUCAUCUUGGUGUAUUGCCCUUACAGACAAACUGUAAUGAUCCUAACCCAUGAAGAAAAUGACCAACUCAGCCUGGCCAACAUGCGUUAUCAUGGUUUGUGGUCACCAUUUGUGCAUUCCUCAACCAUGCCUGAUGUUUCUCUCACUCAGAGCAAAAGGAUUGUUUAUUGUCUGAAGGCAUGUUUUUUUAUUAUUAUUAUUAUUAUUAUUAUUAUGAAUUGGAACUCAUUGGAGAUCUGAAAAGCCAAGUUAUUUAAUAAAAAAAAAAAAACGUGCCAAUAUUUCUGCAAGUGAAAUUAUAUCGACCCAAGCUUUGAAGGUUUUUUUUUUUUUUACCUGAUGUAUUACAAGGGUUCACAAGUUAUUUAAGGAUCUCCUGUAAUAUUUUCUUGUACUACUGAUUGUAAUAGACUAACAACAAAUGCUGUAUUUUUCUACGUGACUCAGUUGAGUUUUAGGUUAAAAUAAUUGUCAGUGAAUCUUUAGCUGGUUAAUAUUAAUCUAACACUGGUGCUUAACUAAAAGGGAUAAAAAAAAAGAGAAAGUUGAAGAGAAAAUGUCUGAAACAGGUGCAAUUUUAAUAUCUCCAGAGUCUGUAAUAAAAGACACAUUUUAUCAAUA